CCUGACUUACUUGUCAAACGACUUUCGGAGAAAGCAACGCUCCCAACUCGCGGAUCGCCAUUAUCAGCGGGCUACGACCUUUACAGCGCGGAAAGAAAAGUCAUCCCUGCGCAUGGAAAGGCUCUCAUUGACACUCAGAUCUCAAUUGCCGUACCAGUAGGAACUUACGGCCGCGUCGCACCCCGAAGCGGACUUGCAUCCAAAUUUAUGAUAGACACGGGGGCAGGAGUAAUUGACGCCGACUACCGCGGUGUGGUCUUCGUUUUGCUCUUUAACUUAUCAGACAAAGACUUUCAAGUGGAAGAAGGCGAUCGUGUAGCACAGCUCAUCCUUGAAAAGAUUCACACAGCCGAAGUCCUUGAGGUCCAAGACUUGGACGAGACAAUUCGUGGUGCAGGAGGGUUUGGGUCGACCGGA